AUGUCCUGGAUGGUGCAGCAGGUCUUGGGGAAGCCGGGCCGGGGCAGCUCCUCUGUGCAGGUUACGUUGACCAAGAGCACCCGCGUCAGCUCCUCACAAAGCGCCCGAAAUAUUCCCAUCACACACAGACGAGACUUUUCCUGGACUGUACAGCUGGCCGCCCCCGUCACUCUGCUAAAAGGCGAGCGGCGGCGGCGGCUCAGAGACUCACACUAUCCAUAUCCCUGUGAUGGAGAAGGCAGACAGGCUGACAGGCAGGACGAUCCAGGCAGUCAUUGGGCUGGCAGUGCGCUGGCUUUGUUCCAAGCAUGGGUGCUCUGUCUGCUGCGUAGCCUGUGGCUGCUCACCAUGGGGAGCACCAAGACGGUGGGCAACCUGUGGAACAGGAGACAGAGUCUCUUCUCCAACUACAAAAUCACAGACUCGGAUGCCAAUCGAAGACCUUCAGAGAUCGUGUACCCUCUGGCCAAAGAAAGCUGCGUGAAGACAUGGAACUCUAUGCAAGAGCUGAGCAGGGACAUCUACGACAUUUAUGCUGAGUAUGAGGAUGAAGAGGAAGACGGUGGUUUGUGCAGCUUCCCCAGGCAGUUCUCGCCCUCCAAGAAGAACUACGUUAUCAACAUCAAUGUUGGGGGGAAGCCCUACCAGAUAGCCUACAAGAUGGCCGCAAAGUACCCCAAGACCAGGAUAGGACGACUGGCCACUUACACAGACCACAACAUGAAGCUGGACCUGUGCGACGACUACAUCGUGACCAACAACGAGUACUUCUUCGACAGGGAUCCAGACGUCUUCCACAGCAUCUUCAACUUCUACAGGACGGGUGUGUUGUGGAUCAAGGACGAGUUGUGUCCCCGCAAUUUCCUGGAGGAGAUCAACUACUGGGGGGUGAGGAUCAAGAACACCCACCGCUGCUGCCGCAUCUCCUUUGAGGAGAGGCAGGACGAGCUGAACGAGCAGCUGAAGAUCCAGAGGGAGCUGGAGGCCGAGGUGGAGAUCGAAGAGAACGAGGAGCUGUUCCACGACAUGUUCAUGGGCAACGCCAGGCGAGCCAUCUGGAACCUGAUGGAGAAGCCGUUUUCCUCGAUGAAGGCCAAGCUGAUGGCGUUAGCCUCGAGUCUGUUUGUGCUGGUCUCCCUGGUGGCCAUGACACUCAACACAGUUGAGGAGAUGCAGUACAGAACCCACGCCGGUCAGCUCAGUGGGAAAACCUACUGGGAGUACGUGGAGUCCAUGUGCAUCGCCUUCUUCACCAUGGAGUAUCUGCUGCGCCUGAUAUCCACGCCUGACCUCAGGUCCUUCAGCAGGAGCGUGCUAAACACCGUGGACCUGAUCGCCAUCCUGCCUCAGUACGUGCAGGGCAUCCUGGAGUUCUUUGACAAUGAGGAGAACUACAUGAAGCACGAGGCCGACAUGCAGGCGGUGGGGCAGGUGGGGAAGCUGGGCCAGGUGUUGAGGAUCAUGAGACUGAUGCGAAUCUUUCGGAUCCUGAAGCUGGCACGUCACUCCACCGGUCUGCGGGCUUUCGGCUUCACCCUGCGGCAGUGCUACCAGCAAGUGGGCUGCCUCUUCCUCUUCAUCGCCAUGGGCAUCUUCAGCUUUUCCGCCAUGGUUUACACGGUGGAACACGACAUGCCGCAGACCAACUUCACCAGCAUACCUCAUGCAUGGUGGUGGGCCGCUGUGAGCAUCUCCACUGUGGGCUAUGGAGACGUGUACCCAGAGACCAUCCUCGGCCGCAUCUUUGCUUUCGUCUGCAUUGCUUUUGGAAUCAUCCUCAAUGGCCUGCCCAUUUCCAUCCUCUUCAACAAGUUCUCUGACUAUUACUCCAAACUCAAAUCCAACCAGUACACAGCCUCCAUGAAGAAACGAGGGAGGUUGAGAUUUGCAAAGAGGACAGGGAACACAAUCAGCAACAUAUUUAAAAACUAAAUUUUUCUAUCACAAUAAGUACCUAAUAUGCUUUUCUCUAAUAUUGUGCAUUAAAUGUACAUAAUAGGGCCAAACAGACUGAAUAGGGGCCAGAGGAAAAUCACACAACUAGAAAUCUGCUCCUGUAGGAUGGCUAUUUUUGGAAGAAAACACAUAAAUACAUAACAUGGGUCAAAGUAAAAUACAUUAAUAUUGAAUAAAGCGCACAAAAAGAGGUUUAACAAAUAUAAAUUCUCUACACAGCUUCACACAUUAUAGCAUUCUGCCGCUGAAUAUUUGUCUUGACAGAAGUAUAAUUUGGCUUCAGUGAAGCUGACUUACAUGUGGUAUUAUCAUUAAUCACCGGAAGAUAUUUCAUGUCAAAAGUAAAUGACCAACUUUUUUUUUAAUGAACUGUGUGGGAAGUGGUCCUUCUUCCAUUUCUCAAUAUUAAAAUCUGUUAAAUCAACCUCCUAAAUCUACACUGCUUACCGAGUGUAUCUGCAGUUAUUUGUAUAAAGUGUUUGCUACACAGGGUUGCUUUGUAAAAAGAAAGUUGCUUUUUUAAUUUUCAAUUUGGAAAUUCAAUAGUAUUUGCCAACAAUGUAUGCUGUUCAUUACUUUUGUUAUGCGUGCAGCUUUGUUUUAA